AUGAAGUCCCCAAAGGUAAUCAAUUUUAUUUAUUACUAAUUUUGUUGUUUAGGGAUUACCGAAUUUGGGAAAUACUUGUUUUUUCAACUCGGUCACGCAAUGUAUUCUUCAAACUCAGACCUUGGAAUAUUAUAUAGAAGAAGUUCAACAGAUAAACAAGCUUGUGGUGCCAAAGAACUGUGUUGUAAGCAUUCAUGAAGUCAAAGUGGAUGUAAAAGCAGUCACGAUUCCGUUACCUGAAAUUCCAACGCCUUUUAUUAACGCGUUUUCUAAUUUUCUGGCUGAAUUCAGAUGUGGAAGGUCGCCAAAUCCUUUGAUCGUGUUCAAUGAGGUUUCAAGAAAGUAAGCUACCAUAAAUAUUUAUUUAUUUUGUUUUAGAGUUCCAAGAUUCCGAGGCUGGCAUCAACAAGAUUCUCACGAACUUCUGAGAUACCUGCUAGAUGGCUUGAGAAGCGAGGAGAUUGAACGGUUCAAGCAAGGCAUUGACGAGUACUACGAGAAGCAUCCUUUUAUAACGAAUGAUUUGAAUUUGUACAAAAAAGGUAGGGUUUUAUUGUUCAUUAGGGUUUACCAUUGUAUGAUUUUAACUUUACGUAUUUUAACGUAAUAUUAUGUUAGUCAAAAAGUUUAUCUAAUGAUUAUCUUGUCGUUACAAUGUAGUCUUUUUGUAGAUUUUUAUCAAAAUUCAGUAGCUAUCUAAAUGGUUUUACAUUUUCAGCUGUUUUGAAGUUUGCUGGAGUACCUUUGUUGGAUUCUGUAUUUGGAGGCACUCUUCUCCAGACGAUCAAAUGCUCUGAAUGCAAGCAUGUCAGUAGCAUAUUCGAGAUGUUCUUGGAUCUGUCGCUGCCGAUCUUCCGCGACGAUUGCAACCAAAAGAAAGACAAAUCCAAGUUGAGCAAACAUCAGAAGAAGAAGGAACAAAAGGCAAAGAGAAAGGUGGGUUACACUGGUCUAGUGGUAUAAUAUCGUGUAGGUCCGAGAGAGCAAGAAGUUACAAUCCGAAGAGGCGGCUGAAGAAGAUUCUGCGGAGUGUUGUUCAAAGGCCGAGGACGAAGAGCAAAACAAUGAUUCAGAUGAGGAGAACGAGAAUGGAAACGAGGUGUUGAACGACGAGAGUAAGCGCCACAUUAUUUGCUUUAGUAGUUUCAGAAGAGAACUGCAACGGGUUGGAACAGCUCCGUCUUGAUGAUUCGACUAACGACUGUCUCACGGUGCUGCUGGAGGAGAACGGCAACGAUCAUUGUACUGGAGUGUUACUGGCGUUGAAACGGUACUUUGAUGUGGACGUUCUUUCUGAAGCUGAUGCCUACGAGUGCGAGAACUGCUGCGCAAACUUCAAUAAGAAGGUAUUUUGAUGUGUUUACACUAAUUCUUUGUUGGACUUGUGAAUUUGAAAUUGAGGUUUUACAUUUUUGUAAGUUACAUUGUAAUUGUACUUUCAGGUUAAUAAGGGCAAGAGGAAAACCGUAAUAUCAGACAAAAGGUACCUAAUAUUCAGUCCGCCGCCAAUACUAACGUUGCAUUUGAAACGAUUUGAACAGGUAAGAGACUUUUAGAUGACAUUAAAGUGACAUUUAGUAACACGAUUUUGUUCAGGUACCUAAUUGUGCCUUUUCAGAUUUUUUGAACUGCAGCUAAAGAAAGAAAUCAUACUAAUAAUAUAAUUUUAGACACACACUUUCAACAGAACUACCUCGUCCAAAAUUGGAGGUCAUAUCGAAUUCCCAAUGGUACUCAACUUGGCUCCAUACUGCGUAAAGUCGAAGGAGGUGAGUCAGCAAUAUUAAUUGGAAACAAUUUCAUUGUGGUUCAGAGAGUGAUUCCCGACCAGAAGCGGAUCCUUUAUUCACUGUAUGGCGUGGUUUGUCAUAGUGGAAACUUGUCUAGUGGCCAUUAUAUUGCCUAUGUCAGGGCUCGGAAAGAGUUGCCGUUCUUGAAAAACUUUUUCCUGCAAGCCAAGGAGAACUUCAGCGAUGCUGCGAGACUGGGAGACUUGGUUUCAUACCUAAACUUGAAGAAGGAACUUACGGAAACUCCGAUCUUGACUCCAUCCGAGUUCGAAGCCGAGGAAACGAUAAAACUACUGGAUUCGACAUCUCGAUGGUUCUAUUGUAGUGACUCGAAUGUGACAGUUGCUUCAGCUCAGCAAGUCCGUUCUUGUGAGGCGUAUCUGCUCUUUUACGAACGAGUUUUCUGAGCAAUGCCGACCCCGAUCACCAGAAGGCGUACGAUCUUUGAUCCGCGCACUCCUCCUUAGCCACAGUCUUUCGUCUUUUCUAAUCCGGUGAAAGUUUUGUUCAAUUUGAAAGUGUUGUUCAAUUCUUGAAGCUUUCGCUUCGGCUCAAAACACUUUAUCAGUGUGCUCAGUAAUUGUUGUUGUGAAAUAAACUAAACUCGAAUUGAUUGGCUUUAUUCGGGGCUCGGUGAUUGCCCAUCAGUUAUUUAUGUUGCCCCGUUUUUGAAUUAGUUCACGAUAGAUUUAGAACGAUGGAUGUUGGUGUAAACAGAGUUUCAAAGCAUUUUUGAGACAAAUUUUUAAGAUAAUUAUGGGUUUCUGUGAGUAUCAAAAAAUGGACGCGUUGCAACUAUUGAUUGCGCCGUGAUUUUCGGAUUUGAAAGUCGAAAAAACAAAAAAUAGAAAUAAGGCUUUACAGCAGGUGUAGCGUCUCCCCGUUAUCAGUACAGUAAAGACAUGUUUUGCGACGCAUAUAAUUUAAUUGAAUUCCUCUCCUUUCGUUGCAGGUCAAUGUCCAUUCUGAUAUAGCGCCCGUUGGAAAUGCGUGAAAACAGCGGUGCUUAUCAAUUGGUGGGUUCGUAUGACUGCCUUAUAAGAGCUUUAUCUCAGUCAUCUCUUGUUUUGUGGUUGUCAAGUUGACCUUUGAUUGUACUCGCUUUGCUUGUUUCCCUGACCCACAUAUUAUAUUAUACUUGCUGUUUCAGUGGAUGUGAACGGAAAAUGGGUGUAUCUAGUCAACUGGUGGAUCUCGCCAUCAUCCUGGUCCUUUGUGUCAUAUUCUUUCAGUACGGCAACUGGUUUAGCAUUACAGUAAUCUGUCUUUUGUUUCGUUACUUCUCUUCAGAUAUCGGAAAACGGGGUUUGAAAACAUUGCCAAGGGAUCUCAAGUAAGUGUUGUAAUGUAAAAGUGUUUUAGAACUGUUAAAGAGUUAUUAUUUUUUGAGACAAAUCUGAUUUAUCACGUUUUUGGAUGAUAGUCAGUUUAAAAUUGUGGUUUGUGGCUCUAAAAAUUCUGAUUAUAAUGAUGAUAAUAUCACUUUCAGGGGCCUGGGCCUUCUCUUUCGUGUAAAAUGGACAAUGUAUCAGGGAUUCAAGAGGAAUAAACCUCUGCAUUAUUACUUUCUGGAUAAAGUAGACGAACAUCCGAAUAAAGAAUGUGUAGUUGAAGUCGAAAGUGGUCGAACAUUCACUUUCAAAGAGUUGAAUGAGUUGUCUAACAAGUACGCCAAUGCUUACCAGGUAAGAAAGCAAGUUUUAAAACGCAGUAAAAUAUUAUUUUUUAAAAUAACGCGUUUUGUUUGUUAAUAACAAUUUUCUUGAUAUUAUUAUAGCAUAAAGAGUCUUCAUAGUUAAGAUAAAGUAGACUUAUUCAGAAGUUGUCAUCGGAAAACAAUGUUGCUUUAUUCCUGGAGAAUUCAGCCGACUUUUUUGCUAUUUGGCUUGGCUUGAGCAAGAUUGGAGUAGUGACAGCCUGGAUCAACUCCAACUUGAAGGCUGAACCAUUAGCUCACUCAAUCAAAGUUGCCAACACUAACAUUGUGGUAACAUCCAACUCUCUUCUCCCUAGUAAGUCAACUAUUCCUUGUUUAGAUUGCUGUUUCAGCUUUGUUGAGUACCAUCGACAAGGGAUUGUUACCUAAAGACUUGGUCAUUUAUACUAUCAACAAGCCAGAAAAGAAUGGCAACUCAAAGUCACUGCAAGAUCUCCUUAAAAACUCGAAAGAGCCAGAGGCUAAUACGGAUUUGAACUUCCAAAGUAAGAUCUUACUUUGGUACUACAAUAUUAUUUAUAAUCAGAAUGUCUUUUGUUGGAUUUUAGGUAUAAAUUGUUAAUUAACUGUUUUGCAGGUGUACUGUGUUACAUUUACACAAGUGGGACUACUGGUAACCCGAAACCUGCCAUUAUCAAGCACUUCCGGUACUUUUUCAUAGCUAUGGGUAGUGGAAAGUCAUUUGGGGUAAGACCUGACGACAGAAUCUACAUCACCAUGCCGAUGUAUCACUCAGCAGCUGGUAUCUUGGGCAUCGGUCAGGUUCUGGUUCUAGGUAUGUUUUACAAAGAUAACAUUGAAUGACUACUUUAUUCUUGCACGUCUUGACACAUUGUGUACUGUAUCUUUAUUUUUUGAAAUGUAAUUUGAUCGUCUGAUAAGAAGUGAAACUUUUUGUUUAUCGACUGUUUCAGGAGCAACUGCUGUUAUCAGGAAGAAGUUCUCAGCCCGAAACUUUUGGAUCGACGCGAAAGAACACAAGUGUACAGCUAGUCAGUACAUCGGCGAGAUAUGCAGAUACCUACUAGCUCAGCCAAAGGCCACCGUGGAACGACAACAUAACAUCAGAUUGAUGUACGGAAACGGUCUUCGCCCUGAGAUCUGGAAGGAGUUCGUUUCCCGUUUUGGAAUCAAGAAGAUCGGAGAAUUGUACGGAAGCACUGAAGGCAACUCCAACAUCGUCAACAUCAACAACCACAUGGGGUCGUGUGGGUUCUUUCCCAUAUACCCCUUCUUGACGGCACUGUACCCAGUCAGGCUGGUGAAGGUGGAUCCAGAGACCGGAGAGCUGAUUCGAGAUGAGAAUGGUCUUUGUGUAUCGUGCAGGCCCGGUGAUACUGGCGAAAUGGUGGGCAUGAUCAAGAAGAACGACCCCUUGCUCAGGUUCGAAGGCUAUGUCAACAAGGAAGACACUGAUAAGAAAGUCAUAAGGGACGUCACGAAGAAGGGUGACGCCGUCUUCUCCAGUGGUGACAUCUUGUACUGGGACAAAUACGGUUAUCUCUACUUCAAGGUAAGUUGUUUGUUGACUAGACAUUGUUGAUGUUUUCUGGUGUUUGAGCUUUUUUCUGACUUUAUAUUUUGUUUUGACCCAAAAUGUUUAAAAAGUUCAAAAUUCAAAGGGUUUUUGUUGUAAUUAAAGAAUCAUGAUUUAGGACCGUCGUGGUGACACCUAUCGAUGGAGAGGCGAAAACGUGAGUACGAUGGAAGUGGAAGGUGUUCUCCAGCCAAUCAUGCAAAUUCAGAAUGCUACCGUGUUCGGAGUUGAAGUUCAAGGUCGUGAAGGCCGUGCUGGUAUGAUCGGGACUACCCUCAAUGCCAAUGUCGAUGUUGAAGUGAGUUGUUUAGCUUUAAUGUGAUAUCCACUGAAUUAGGAAAAUUACUUUUUCUAAUAUCCGUUAACUUUACUGUUUAUGCAGAAGUUCAUCGAGGAAGCAGCCAGCCGUCUGAAGGAGAAUCUCGCUGCCUACGCGAUUCCAGUAUUUCUAAGGAUUUGCAAAGAAGUUGAGACUACAGGAACUUUCAAGUUGAAGAAAACAAACCUCCAGAAGGACGGAUUCGACCCAGAAAAGUGCGGCAACGACCCCUUGUUCUACUACGACUACUCCGCCGGAACUUACAAAGCCCUGGAUAGGUUAAUGUACGAUAAGAUACAGAGCGGAGCGUACUCGAAUAUCUAG